GCAGGACCUUUGUGGCUCUUACCUGUCUUCUUACACCAAUCAUUUAUUUUUCGACAGCUUUUUGUUGACCGCAAAAAUCAAUAUCCCUUCCAUCUUCAAGAUACAUAAUCUUUGCUUUGUUUUUCUUUUUGUAUAAUUUGAUCUUUAAGAUAAUAGUUAUCGGAUGUUUUACUAGCAAUUAUAGGAUUAAGUUAGAAAUAAAAUGUAAAAUAUACUUAUUCUAAAUUAUCCAAAAAUUGUCUGAAGAAUUCAGAAAUCCUGAAAAGCUUAGAAAGAGUUGACAAUGGUGCAUAUGAGAGUUUAUCUGCUUGAUUUCAGAAAUGGGGGUGCGCCUGAAUCUUCUCUUCAAACUUAUCUCUCCCUUGGUAGUCUGCUUGCUUUUCUUGUGUUCAGCUGAUGCUCUCCAAUGCAUUGAGACAGAAAGAGAAGCACUUAUAGCUUUCAAGCAAGGUUUGACUGAUCCUUCAAAAAGACUUUCUUCAUGGGUUGGUGAAGAGUGUUGCAAUUGGGCAGGCAUUAUAUGUGAUAAUCGGACGGCUCAUGUCACCAGUAUCAACCUCAGUAAUCCACUCCGCUCUAGAGACACAGUCUUUAUUGAAGAUUUUGAUGGAAAGUCUUGUUUGGGGGGUAACAUAAGUUCUUCUUUGCUUCAGUUGGAGUUCUUGAAUUACUUGGACUUAAGCUUGAAUUAUUUCAGAGGCAUCCCAAUUCCUCCCUUCUUUGGUAUGCUCAAAAAUUUGAGGUAUCUGAAUCUUGCUUCGGCUUCGUUUGCCGGAGAGAUUCCACCUCAACUGGGAAAUUUGACACGCUUGCAGUACUUAGAUCUUAAUGCUUACUCUGAUGUGCAGUUGACAGCCAAGUCCCUGCACUGGCUAUCAGGUCUCUCCUCUCUGGACUAUCUUAACUUGGGAUCUGUAAUGCUUUACAACACAUCCAGAGAUUGGUUGCAGACAAUUAAUAAGCUUCCUUCUCUGUUGGAGUUACAUUUACCCGGCUGCGAUAUUGAAGACAGCGACCUUGAUCUUGCUUUGGUGAAUUUCACUUCUCUCCGCAUCCUCAAUAUGUCAACCAAUUUCUUCAGAACUUCAUUCCCAACUUGGGUGGCUAAUCUUACCAGUCUUGAGAUACUUGAUCUAAGCUUAAAUGAGCUCACUGCUCCUAUUCCCGGGAGUUUUUGCAACUUACAGAUUUUGGAUCUUUCAGGUAAUGAAUUCAACAUAACCCUUCAUGAGUUUUUGGGUGCAUUCAAUGGUUGCCCAACAAACAGACUAGUGUCAUUGGAUCUAAGAUUUACCAAGAUGGGUGGGGAAUUGCCUCAAGAAUUGGGACUACUGACGAAUUUGCAAAAGCUUGAUCUGUCAGCCAAUUUCUUUUGGGGUUCCAUCCCCACAUCUAUUGGAAAUCUGUUAUCCUUGAAAACAUUGGACCUGUCUGAGAAUGAGAUGAACGGGACAAUCCCCGAAAGCCUCGGCCAACUGUUCGAGUUAGUCGAGUUGAAUCUGGAGCUAAACAAAUGGAGCGGUACUCUGACAGAAACUCAUUUGAAAAACCUCACUAGAUUGGAAAGUAUAAAACUUGAGAACACAGACUCAACCUUGUCCCUUGUGUUCAAUGUGACCUAUGAUUGGUUCCCACCCUUCAUGCUCAAAUCUGUUCACAUUGAGAACUGUAUGGUUGGCCCUGCUUUUGCAGCAUGGCUUCAGAGUCAAGACUUGCUCACUUUUGUUGUCCUUAAAAAUACAGGAAUCUCUGACAUGAUCCCAACAGAAUGGUUUGCUACGGUGGCUUCUCAAGCUACCUAUUUGGAUCUAUCCGAGAAUCAAAUCAGGGGAGAGCUACCACACCACUUAGUGUCUCCUAAUUUAACUUUGAUAGAUCUGAGUUCAAAUCGGUUUGAAGGUCCAGUUCCUGUUUGGUCCACAAAUGCCAACUUGUUAGAUCUUCGGGAUAAUCUAUUCUCGGGGUCUAUACCUGAAAAUCUUGGUGAGCUAAUGCCCAGUUUAUUAGAACUAGACCUUUCAGGGAACCUCCUCAAUGGUAGUAUCCCAACAUCCAUUUGCCAAAUGAUGAAUUUAUCAGUUCUUUCCCUUAGAGGUAACAGAUUUUCUGGGCAGCUUCCUGAUUGCUGGAAUAAUUUGCAAAAGUUGUGGGCUCUAGAUGCAUCAAACAAUAACAUAUCGGGGGAAAUUCCAGAAUCGAUGGGUAACUUAAGAUCCAUCCAUGCACUGCUGUUGAGCAACAAUGAUCUUCAGGGGGAAAUUCCCACUGUUCUGCGAACUUGUUCAGCAUUAAUGAUCUUGGAUCUUGGAGGCAAUAGGUUAUCCGGCAAUGUGCCAGCAUGGAUGGGAGAAAGUCUUUCAUCACUUCUUAUUCUACUCCUUGGAUCGAACUUCCUCACUGGGAAUAUUCCUCCGGAAUUGUGCAGUCUUGCUUAUAUUCAUUUUCUUGAUCUUUCCCACAAUAACAUAUCAGGUAAUAUUCCCAGUUGUAUAAAUGAGUUGCAGGCCUUGGCUAACGGCAGCUAUGACAUAUUCCAUGAUGUUCAAAGACGAUUUGGGAUUUCCUACGAUGGACAUGUGGUAGUGAGGACAAAAGGAAGGGAGCUAGAGUAUAGCCGAACCGUUGUGUUUGUCAAUGGCAUGGACCUUUCAGGAAAUCAUCUUUCAGGAGAAAUCCCAGAUAAAAUUUCAACUCUUUAUUUUCUGGGAAUCUUGAACUUAUCAAGGAAUGAUUUGAGUGGAAGUAUCCCGAAACAUAUUGGAAACAUAAGAUGGUUGGAAACUCUUGAUUUGUCACACAACCAUCUCUCAGGACCAAUUCCUCAGUCUCUGUCCUCUCUCACUUCCUUAGCUCACUUGAAUUUAUCUUACAACAAUCUGACAGGGAGGAUUCCAUCAGGUAGUCAGCUCCAAACACUAAAGGACUCGUCAAUUUACAUGGUUAAUCCACUGCUCUGUGGUGUUCCUCUCCUCACAAAGUGUCCAGGAGACAGAACUAGUACUUCUUCAAAGCCAACAGUCAGUGUUGAAGAAGAAAAAGAGGAAGUAGACAGUCAUGAUAAGCUAUGGUUCUAUGUGAGCGUGAUUGUGGGAUUUGUGGUGGGAUUUUGGGGCUUUUGUGGCCCUUUACUGGUAAAGAGUUCAUGGAGAUAUGCCUACUUUAAGUUUCUGGAUAACACAAAUCAGAGAAUAUCAGUCAUGAUCAGUUAAUUAAAGGCUGAUCACUCCCAGAAAAUAAUAUUAUUAUUUUAAACUCAUGUUCAGUUCUUCAUUUGUGAAAUGUAGAACUUCAGCUGAUGUAUACUGAUUCAUUUGUCAGAUAUAGAAUGUAGCAGGUUGUGCAACAAAACACUUCCUUGUCAUGGAUUAACUCAUUAGUAUAAAAAAUUAAAUGAGCAUGAAUUUCUGCUUGCAAAUCAGGAAUCGGAAUAAACAAAAACAAGAGAAAAAAGAGUGAUGCAGGAACAUUGUGAUAUUGGAUUAGGAGAAAGGGAAUCCAUUCCUUAUCUGGUUCCCCACCAACCAUAGCUAGCCAAUUAGCCACCCUAUUCUUCCUCUUUUGUUUUUAAAUCAAAAUCCAAUGAAUCCAAAUGCCUUGUUCCCUAUGCUACCUCACUGUAUAUUUCUGACCAUUCCUCUCAUUUGUUUAUUAGAAAAAACCCACUUUCUAUUAUUAUGAUUAUGAUUUGAUUAUUAUUACCAAAUAAUUAUUUAAUUAUUCUUUGGUUGGUCCACUCUCCACUCUUUAUAAAUAAUGGGGUAUGCAAACCUGUCCUACAUUAUUCUAUGUUUCUUUCUUCUUUCACCUUCUAUGCCUUGUUUUUUGAUGUUCUCUGAGAUAGUAUAAAUAAAAGCAAAAGAAAGGUGAUAGCUUGAGUAGGAUACCGGCAAUCUGCAUCAACUAUGGAAUCAAACUCAACACAGCGCAAAGAAGCAGCAGGACGAGAAGCCAAUGGAUCAACCCAACAAGGGUCUUCUUCUCCUUUUCCCCAGAAAGCAGAUCCUCUUGCUUUCUAUGGGAACCAUCGGUUGGCAGCUGCCGUCGCCCAUCUUCACAACCAAAUUAACAUUGCCAAGGAGGAGCUGGAAGAACUUGAGACAGUGGGUGAAUCUUCCUUGGUUUGCAAAGAGCUCGUGGAAAGCGUUGAGUGCAUUCCUGACCCACUGCUUCCAGAGAGUAAAGGUCCAGUAGAUGCAAGCUGGGAUCGGUGGUUCCGGGGAGCCCACGACUACAGCUCUCGCACUCGGACUCACAAGCGAUGGCUUUAAAUAGUUUGACCCACUCAAGUCUUUUUCAAUUCAAACCUUUUUCCUCACAUACACAGCGUGCUUAGUUGGCGACUUGGCUUUCUUGGUCGGUACCAAACAAUUUUGGUUGGUUUUGUUUUAUUGUGUUUUGGUCCGAGUGGUUGGUCAAUUAUAUCAUUCCAUAUCUCAGUUUCAAGCCUUUUUAAAAUAUUAUUUUACAGGAAUUUUAUUUUAUACAUGCACAGCAUUAGAAAGAAACAUGAGAUGCAAUAUGAAGUUUCUACUUAUCUUAUUA